GUAAGCCCCAAUUGUUACAGCUACCCUCCUGUUAACUGCAACCCUCUUCGACAAAGCAACUCAGGUUCUACAAUGGCAGAUGAGUAAGAACGCGCUGCACCGAGGCCCAUGCCUCCCAGGGAUGCCAAGCCAAAGUCAAAGAUCUCGGCUUCCCGAAAGCUUUCUCUGAAGAUUCUGCUCCUGAGUCGGGCUAUGGAAGACCUGGAGAAAGAGAAGCUGGACCGAGACGCAGAGAAGGUGCGCUACCUGGGCGAGAAACUGCCCCCACUGCAAAUGUCUGGCCUGCAAUUGGAUGAGCUGCAGAAACUCUGCAAGCAACUUCAUUCAAGAAUCGAUAUUGUGGAUGAGGAACGGUAUGACUACGAAGCAAAAGUUGUCAAGAACAAUCGAGACAUCCAUGAGCUGAAGCUGAAGAUCCAGGACCUGGGGGGGAAGUUCAAGAAGCCGGCCCUGAGGAAGGUGCGCGUGUCCGCGGACGAGAUGAUGCGGGCCCUGCUGGGCUCCAAACACAAGGGCUCCAUGGACCUGCGCGCCAACCUCAAAUCUGUCAAAAAGGAGGACAUCAAACAGGAGAAGGUGCUCACCACUGAAGUGGGCGACUGGCGGAAGAACGUGGAGGCCAUGUCGGGCAUGGAGGGCAGGAAGAAGAUGUUUGACGCGGCAGGUGGGGCGCAGUGAGAGCUCACCUGACUGCGGAGCCGGUACAAACAGGCUUCUGGGAAGACCGAAGAGAAGAAGUCUGAAAGGGUUGAGUAUUUUAUAGAAAACAGAGAAGAUGUUUGGAGUGGACGCUCCCAGACAAAUCUUAUCAUUUCACAAGUUGGCAGGGCUUAAAUUUCCAAGUUCCCAGUGAUGACAUUACUGCAUUGGGACCCAAAUGCAACUUAACCUUAUAAGAAUUGGGCUUCGAAGAAUUAAGUUAAACGGCACGGUAGGAUAAGUGCAUAUGUGGAUGGUGUAGGGCGAUUCUAUAAUGACCACUGUAGUCUGUAUCUGUAACUUAUAGUUCCAAAGGAGAGGCCAAUGUAAUAACGGAAACUGGGGCAAGUUUACCAUAUUUUACUUUUAUCCAUUUCUCAAAAUGACUCUCACUGAGAACUUACCUUAGGGAUGCUGGGUUCAACAAUGUCUCUGUACAAUUUAACACUCUUGCCAUAAUUACACAAAAGGAACUUAACUGCUACAUAGAUUGCACAGUAUGUACAAGCAAACAAUCUUAAUGCAGCUAUGCCACUUAUUGUUCACAAAUCACUAUUUAUUAUUAAAUAAUUUAUUCAAGUACAUUCUUUAGUUUUUUAACGAAACUUUCAACAGUAUGAAAAAAGCAAGCAAUGGACAGAACUAUAAUGAACUAAAUAAAUAUGCCUAUAUAUGCUUA